AUGGAAUACACUUUAUCUGAAUUGUCUGAUGCUGAUCCUGAUAAGUGUGAAUCAAUAUCAUCAAACACAAAUAUUGCUGCCGAAGAAUCGCAAGCAAGUGGUAGACUUCAAAAUUCUAAUAAGAUGAUGAUGAAUCUUUUACAAGCUUCAAAUAAUCUUAAGCUUGGUGAAGAAAUUGAAUAUGAGUAUACUAAUACUAAUCAG